UGAAAGGUACGAUGACCUACUCGAUUUACGUGGGGAAUGGCGGUGCAUAGUACAAACGUAAAGAGAGAUAUUCGAUCCUGCUCGGCCCUUGUGCCGGGUGUUAUCGUACGAAACGAGUACUUACGAGUGAGAUUUGGGAAAGGAAGGGGUACACAGAAUAGGUAGUGAUGCCAGUCGUACGGACGAGCAGGCCUCAGGAAACGAGAACGAGACCGAGUCGGACGAAGAGGGAAGCUGUUUGGUUCUUGAUCGAAAGACAGGUUUCUCUAUCUGGAGAGAGGGAGAGUGAAGCAGAGGGACGAAGGCGAGCGAAGGCUCGUUGGAGUUGGAGUAGCACGAGGCAACGAGAAACGGCGCACACAUCGCGGCUCGUGCGAACAUGGCCCGGAAGGUGCGCGGUGAGUUACUGCGCAGAGUCUUGUUUUGCUCGGCUGCGAGACGAGGGGAGAACGGAGGCGGACGCACGUUCUCAGGGCAUGGCGUGGUGGUGCGCGUUCUAGUAAACAACUUGUGUCUGAGUCGUGCGGGUAAUUCGCGUUUGGAGUAUAAUCGUGAUUUUUCUAGCGAAUGAGCGCGAUACCGACGCCCGCAAUGAAGCGUGCCGUGCGUGUAUAGAUCGUUCGGCAAACGUCGUGUAACGUGCGGUUGAUCACGCGGUGCAAUAUUUUAACCAAAAAUUCAAGCACCUCACCGCCACCGGGCCACCUCGUGUGUUCUCGUCCAAUGUGCGUAUGUUUACGUGUGCAGUACUCUGUUUACGUGCGUGCAUACUCGUCGAACAAGUGUCCACCGUGCUCGACCGAUUUCCACCCGGUGUCACCGACUCGCCAGCAUUCUCGAGGUUUCGCCGGGAACAUCCGGGAUUCCUCUUUGUUCCGAUCAAACACGGAUAAGCCACUCUGCGGGGUAAAAGCAAAGAUCAAAGUGUCGAACGAAAAAAGGAAAUAAUCAAUGGAGCCGUGGAAACUACGAAACCUUUUCCACCGUUUCCCCAUCAAAUGGAACUGAUAUUCGCAGAUAUCGCUGUCGAGAAGAUUACGCAGCGAGGAGAGAUGUCUCUUCCGAAGUCUAAACGAGUCUCCUGGUCCUGAGUCUCGUCGAUCUUCCUCGAAUCUUUGUCCACCCGUUGCCUUUUUCGAGACGGACAACCAUCCACGGGGUCGCCGCGAAUCGAAAGACUGGAUCGAGUUCGAGGAAGAUAAACGACAAGAUCUUUUGGAGUUCGUUUACAUUGAAAAUUCCUCGAUCAAAUUCGAAUACAGAAGAUCGAGAAUCCUGAACGAACCGUGAACCAUGGAGUCGAACUGGCACGCUCGCAAAUUCGACUGUUUCUCUUCGGAGAAGGUUGAGCUUUUUUCAAAAUCGGUGGACGACAUCACGGCGAGCGACGUCGAUCCCCGUCGGCGUCGUUGUGCGUUCUGCGGCAAAAUGGAAUCAUCUUCACGAGUUUGCGACCUCUGCGAGCGGCUUUGUGGUCGGGCUUACGACCAUUCGAGAACGGAAAGAAAUAUCGAAGAGCGUUUUAACCGUGCACCGAGGCGAGAAAAUGCGACUACUCCCUGCAGGAUAUUAAAACGCGGCAGGUUACAACCUAACGCUUCCGUCGGUUACGUUUCCAACGUCGUGCGGUGGAACCCGAGACCGUGUCGUUGGGGCAGACAGAGACUGGCGAUAAGCUGGAUGAUAUUGUUCCUAUCGUUAACGGUGUUCCCCGCGUUCGCGAGUGCGCAAAAGGGAACGAAAGGUUACUCCAAAGAAGAAGGAGUGUGCCAAAGCUUAGACAUAAGAAACAACGUGAAGAAUCUGGAGAAGAAUCUGAGGGGGUGCCGAGUAGUCGAAGGCUAUGUACAAAUUUUGCUGAUGGACAACACCGUAUCGGACGACUUCGAGAACAUCUCUUUCCCGGAACUGAAAGAGAUCACCGGACAUCUGCUUUUUUACAGGGUGACGGGGCUCAGGAACAUCGGACGGUUGUUCCCGAACCUGACCGUGAUCCGUGGACAGUCUCUCCUCCUCAACUACGCCCUGGUCGCGUUCGAGAUGAUGGACCUGCAGGAGAUCGGCCUGCACAAUUUGAUCAGCAUCACGAGGGGCGCUGUACGAUUCGAGAAGAAUCCCGUCCUCUGCUUUGUGAGCACCAUCGACUGGGACUUGAUCGGCAAAGCUGGGAAGGGCGACCACGUGAUCGCGGGGAACAGCCCGAAGAACGCUUGUCCGGUGUGUGAGAAACACUGUCCACAAAGCCUGACCAACCCUAGAGAAUACCUGUGCUGGAACCAGCAACACUGCCAACGAAUUUGCGAACGGAAGUGCGAGAACAACGCGUGCGACGAGAAUGGAACUUGUUGCAACGUAUCCUGUCUGGGCACGUGCACCGGCCCGACGAAUCGCGAUUGCUCGGUGUGCAAGGACGUGUUGACGACCGACAAAGAGUGCACGGACCGUUGCCCGAACGGAACGGUCAAAUUCAUGAAUUACCGAUGCAUCACCGAGGACAAGUGCCUCCAGAUGAGGAAACCGAGGGAGGCGUUCAACGUGCAGACCUAUCCGUAUAAACCUUUCGACGGGCUCUGCACUAUGGAGUGUCCAUCCGGUUACAUGGACGACGAGUCGAGCGGCAAGAAGACCUGCAAGAAGUGCGAGGGUCUGUGUCAGAAACAGUGCCUUGGUAACAUCGUGGACAGCAUCGCCGCGGCGCAGCGGCUACGCGGAUGCACGCAGAUCACCGGUGGCUUGGAGAUCGAGAUAAGCGGCGGUAAAAACAUCGUGAAGGAGUUGGAAGACAACCUGAGCACGAUAGAGGAGAUCGACGGCUAUUUAAAAAUCGCUAGAAGCUUUCCAUUGAUAUCCCUCAACUUUUUGAAGAAUCUGCGCGUGAUAAAAGGGACCCAGUUACAGAACUCGGAGUACUCGUUACUCGUAAUGGACAACCAGAAUUUGCAAGAGCUGUGGGACUGGAACUUGCACAAAGAGAUCAAGAUUUUAAGGGGCAAGAUCUUCUUUCACUUGAAUCCGAAAUUAUGUCUCUACAAAAUUGACACGCUUCGAGAGAAGACCGGCCUGGCUCCGUUCACGGAUUAUGACGUAUCCCCGAACAGUAACGGGGACAAGGUCGCGUGUAAUUUAACUGAAUUGAUGACUAGAGUGAGCAACAAAUCGCCGACGGGCGCGGUAAUCGAAUGGGAACCCUUCAUCCAUCACGACGACAGGUCUCUUCUCGGCUACGUGGUGUACUUCAUCGAGGCACCAAACAAAACCGUAACGAUGUACGACGGUAGAGACGCCUGCGGUGGCGACGGCUGGAAAGUGGACGACGUGUCGGCCAGUUCCAAUCGGAGCUCAGUGAGAAGUGUUCACUCGCACUAUCUCUCGCAGUUGAAGCCGUACACGCAAUAUGCUUAUUACGUGAAGACUUAUACGAUCGCCACAGAGAGAUUCGGUGGUCAGAGCAAGCUGACGUACUUCAGGACGAGACCGACAGCGCCCAGUUCACCGAGAUCUUUAAAUGUGUACACUAAUUCAAGCACCGAACUGAUAAUGUCUUGGCUACCACCGCUUCAAAAGAACGGGAACCUGACCCAUUAUAAAAUCUUCGGAAAACUGGUGUCUGACGAUCCUAAAUUCAUCGAUCAGAGAAACUACUGCGAGGAACCUAUUCUCCUGCCGGACAAGGAUCUGAUCUCGAAUCAAGAAGAGAGGGGAAUAGAAGAGGAGAAGGAAGCUUUGAUUCCAGAGACUGGUUCCUGCGAGUGUUCCGAUCGUGAGAUAGAUCAGUCAAUUCGGGAGAAGGAAGCGACCAGCGCGAUCGCUUUCGAAGAUGCUGUGCACAACACGGUCUAUGUGAAACGAAGAGGGAUCAGAAGCAAGCGAGAGGCUCUGGACGAGUAUGAGUCGCCCGUUAGUUUUAAAAGGAGGGACCUGAACCAAACCAUGGAGAGGAAGGUGAACGGAACGUACGAGGAGUUCGAACGAGUGGUGCCCAGCACGAAUCACUCGUUUAUCAUGAAGGAACUACGCCAUUUCAGUGCAUACAACAUCGAGAUCCAAGCGUGUAGAGCACCGGAGGUGAACGAUCCUCACAAGCUUUGUUCCGCUAAGAGCAUGAGAACGUAUCGCACUCUGCCGAUGGCCAGCGCCGAUGACAUUCCACCGAACUCGUUCGAACUGAGCAUUUCCGGUGAGAACAACAGCCUGACCACGGUCACUCUCAAGUGGGACGAGCCACCGAAGCCCAACGGUCUGAUAAUCACGUAUCAGAUCGAGUACAAGAGGAUCGAUAUUCAAAACUACAAACCGACGGUGAUCUGCAUUACGAGACGCGAUUUUGCGAACGCUGGCAAUUCGUACGUGCUAAAAGAGCACCAAUUCGGGAAAUACUCGGUUAAGGUUCGCGCGACGAGUUUAGCGGGUUACGGCGCAUACACCCAAGUGAAGUACUUCACCAUAGAAGAACGAAACGCGUUGGGUGUUUUCUGGCUGAUAUUCUGGCUGCUGUUCUCCGUGGUGUCCGUGGUUUUGAGCUUAGUCGCGUAUUACGUGUGCAAGCGGAAGUACCGCGAACGGAAGAACAUGACGUUAAUCGCAACCGUGAACCCGCAGUACGUCAGUACUCCGUACGUGUUGGAUGAGUGGGAAGUGCCGCGGGAGAAGAUCAAGAUGUUGAAAUCGUUGGGUAAGGGCACGUUCGGUAUGGUUUACGAAGGAAUCGCCACGGACAUCGUCAAGGGGAAACCGGAAGUGAGGUGUGCGGUGAAGACGGUGAACAAGGAUGCCAGUGAGAGGGAGAGAAUCGAGUUCCUCAACGAAGCGUCCGUAAUGAAAGGUUUCGAUGCGCAUCACGUGGUGAAGUUGUUAGGCGUGGUGACCCGUACUCAACCGACUCUAGUCAUCAUGGAGUUGAUGGUGAACGGUGAUUUGAAGAAAUACUUGAGGAACCACAGACUAGGCAAUUGCGAGAAUAUUACGAACGUUCCGCCGAAACUGGAACGAAUAUUACAAAUGGCGAUUGAAAUCGCUGACGGUAUGGCUUAUUUGUCGACAAAAAAAUUCGUGCACAGGGACCUGGCUGCGAGGAAUUGCAUGGUCGCCGAUGAUUUGACCGUGAAAGUCGGAGACUUCGGAAUGACUAGAGAUAUUUACGAGAGAGACUAUUACAAAAAAGAGAGCAAGGGCUUGUUGCCGGUCAGAUGGAUGGCUCCUGAAAGUUUGAAGGACGGGGUCUUCAGCAGUUACUCGGACGUUUGGAGUUACGGGGUGGUUUUAUGGGAGAUGGUGACCCUCGCGUCGCAGCCGUAUCAAGGUUUAUCGAACGAACAAGUUCUGAGAUUCGUGAUCGAUGGUAGAGUGAUGGAACGACCGGAGAACUGCCCCGAAUUGUUAUACGAACUCAUGAAACGUACUUGGAAAUAUAAACCCGACGCAAGACCAAGUUUUAUGGACAUCGCGACCAUGCUAUUGAAACACAUCGACUCGGAGACGUUCAAGGAAGUCAGUUUCUAUCACAGUGCGGACGGAAUCGAAAUUCGGAACCAAAACCGAUCGACUUCGUCACAGAUCGAUCAACACCUGGAACUGACUACCCUGCAGGAUUUACGAGAGGAGGAAGCAGAGGGCGAGGAGGACUCGCCUCUGAGACAGGAUUUCGGGGAAUUUGCGAGUUCUGAACCAAGCAGUAUUAGGAACAGUUUCAGCCCCCAUUACAGGAUGGACUCAUACGGGGAGAGCUCGAAGGCUACGAGCAACUUCCACGACCUGAACUGGUCGAAUGCGCCGCUGAAGGCAGGCUUCGACGACUUCGACGGCGUGUCCACGGGCUCGAUCACCUCGCCUAAAGACGCGUUGAACCUGCCGUUCGUCGAGGACAGCCUGAAGUCCGUAAAGAGUUCACCGUUCGGUAACUCGAAGAGUGCGUCGAAGAGCAACCUGAGUCAAUUGUCUCUCGGCAAUAGAUCUGGUAGCAGUCCAAAAAAUCCGAGCAAACGUAGUUUUUUGAGCAGUCCGAUCUCUUCGAAGCUGGUCAAUCCGGAUUACGAGAACGGUAGCCCAGAGGUUUUGUCAGGUACGGAGAAAAGGGAAACGGUGCCGCUCAGAGUUGACUUCCGGUCGAUGGACACGAAUGAUACUGACAAUGGUAUCGAUGAGAAGGAGGCCUUGUCGUCAGUCGAAUACAUGAACAAACCGGAGAGCUUGAACAACGGGUACAUCGACGGUACCGCCACGUAGUAAUAACGCGUUUGCCCCUCAGUUGCUUUAAUGAGCGUCGAGGAUGCGUGAAUCAGGUUUGGAUUUAUUGUGGAACCGGUGAGCAAAAUUAACGCGACUGAGAGCGCCAGUCGAAAACGGCAGUGUCUGUAACAGAACGCAGUUUGAUUCGCAGUUCUCCGGUUCAUUUACUUUUUCUCCUAGAACGGAGUUCUAUUUUAAGUCUCGACGCUUGCACGUGUUUACGAGUCGUUUUCGUCUCUCUAGUAGGAUAUUUUUAUUCGUUAUAGCUAGACCGUAGGUUUUAUGCAUUUAUAAAAAAGUAAUAUGAAAAGCGUAAAUGCAUACUGUUAUUUGUAAAUUUAUUCUUAUGUAGUAUUUUAUACGAAAGUCCGCGGUCUAGGUAUAGCAGACACUGCCUUCGUAUCGAAAAACUUGGCCAGAGAACGGCCAGGAGAACCGUAUCAAAGAUUUUACAGUAACUUCGUGUCUCGUGCAUGUGCGUAUGUAUUGUAUAUACAUAUAUGUUCCGUUAACGCGCUUCUCUUUGUUGGAAGCUAUCGUAAAAUCAUAAGAUACAGCUUCAAAGUGGCAAUUACAUGGCGAUUUUAUAUUUUACAAAAGUAGUAGACAGAGAACACGGGUGGACGCGUUUAGUUGCCACUUUGCACGAUUUUAAGUUCUUCAAAACGUUAUUAAUGGUAGGUUAGUACUGAGAAAGAUUGCAGUAUGAUAAUAAAAGAAUCACUUGUCGACGCACGGAAGUCUAGCUUCCAGAGUUGGACAGUCUCGUUCGUACUAAUUCCAAUCGUUUCGUGCGUCGACGAGGUUCGAGUCGUAUUCGUUCUCGGAUUUGGUGGUCGCGGGGAAUCGCGUCCGAUUUUCAUGGUUCGUUCGAGGGGAAACGCGAUACGGGAAAUCCUCGAGAUCGUGCAAUAGAGAUCGCGCUCGCGGCCUUGGCGAUUACGACUGUUUUCUCGAUUGGUGCUAACGCGAGCGUGAAGCGACGGACAGUGAAACGGGCGAGUUUCUCGAGCGCCACGGGAAAUCAAACUGAUCGUUUCGGAAGCUUUCCAACUUGCUCCGAGCCCUAAUUGAUAAACGUCAAAAUUCCGACGGACGUACGGGUAGAAUAUAUCACGGCGUAAACCAUAGACUUCACGCAUUUAAAAACGUGCAAAAGAUCAAAAGCCGAACGCAUAUUUAAACGUUUGUCCGAAACAGAUUUUUGAAUCGGUACCAUAAAUAUUUUAUUUUGCAUAAAGAUCUGCGGUUCGGAUCGGUCGACGUGCGAUUAGGACGAGGGGUUGAACGAGAGAAGGUAGACUGUUUAGUUCGAGAGACGAGGUCGAAGCCCGUGUCGAACGAACUCGGUAGCUAUAUACAAAAGAGAAUCCAACAGCGACGCGAUUACAGUUGAAUCUAGACGCUAACGAGCCUCUAACACAAGACUGAUUAGCUAAUCCCGUUUAUUACCCCCUGCCCCAACCCCUGUUCGCUGAGUAAGUUAUCGAAUCGAAUGGUAGAAGUUCCAUAUACGUAAAUAGAUAAGUUCAUAGUAUAUCGUACACAAUUUACAUCCCCGCGAUCGUUUUCUUUUUUUAGUAUUCGAGAGUAUUCGAGACGCAUCUUCUUCCCCCUCGUACCACUUUGUUCCUUUCGCGUAGUUGCGAUCGGGGCGAUCGUCCCGGAAGGGAAAACCGGAAGCAAACUAUACGAAACUUGAAACGCGAUUCAAAGAUCAGAUAUAGAAUCGCAUGAUUCAUAAAAACUGAACUGGAAUUUCGUGAAAAUGCUUUCGGCAUUCUCGAAGCGGAACGCUCGUUCCUUUAUCAGCUUCGAAGACGCUGCUACAACUCGCCAGCCAGAAGCUAGUGAACGAGACUCGAGCACCAGUGACCUAAUGCAUACAACGCGCAACGCUUUAACCACGUUAUACGUAAGCAACGAGAAUAAUCGUACAAACGCACGACGCUUUAUACCGUUAAAUGGUUUCAAUUUCCCCCAUCGAUUCGCGUCUUUCCUCGAAUCAGUCGAUCGAUUCUUUUCUCCACUGUUCUCCCCUGCUGGAGUUUAUAAGUCAAGGAUGAUCAAAUUUUCUGGAUUGCUCCAGGAUUAUUCGUUACUGAUUUACAUCCCUUUUCGUAAGUCUUAGAGUUGCGAAACGAUUUAGUAUAAAUUUCGAAGUACUAUUUUAUCGAAGCUUCCUGAUUUAUUAUGCAAUCUAUUCAAUGAUUUACUAUAAUGUUUUAGUUAUUAUGAUCAUUAACACGAAACAUUUACACUAGAUCUUCAGGCUGACAGGCAACGUGAGACUUAUGAAGGGGGAUGUUUGCUGGCGAGUUGCCAGAGCUAUUCUACUCUCUUUGACUCUUCGAGGGAUUGGAACGGGCCACGUGGCCGGGUCCGCGAAGGAUCUGGUCGAUUGUAUUAUAAACAAUGUGAAGCCUCGCUCGUAUUCUAAAGUAUUUAGUAUAAACGUUGGGUAAAACACUGUUGAACGCUUAGACCGUAUGCACAGUAUCGUGUGCGCACGGCGUUUGUAAGAUUUAACCUGAGAAAUGUUCCCUGAAAGAAAGUGACGAGUUGACUCUCUCUAAUAUCAUGAACAGGCGGCUCGUGGCUCUAACGAACGGAGAAGACGAAGAAGAAGUCUCUUAGGCCUACAUGUAUAUGUAUAGUUUUGAAAUCGUGUAAUAUAAAUUUAUGUAUGUACAUUAAGGACGAAGAAUCUGGUAUUACUGACGUACUCGUAAGGUAACAAGGUAUGAAUGCGUGUGCGUACCGUGGCGGUCGAAGUUCCAUCGGGUCCUCGUACCGUUCGCACGGGUCGAUAUCAUCGGAAUUAUUUGAAAAAUCUUUGGCAUUGUCGUAUUUCUUUGUCUAGAUAUUCGCCGUUGUGAGUGAACAUGAACGAGACGAUUGCGUAUGUCUUAAUUAACGAAAUAAUUGCUUCGACAGGGGACGCGCGACCGUUCGAAGGAAAAUCGUGGAAAAUUGGCGGCCAGCUAUUCGACAAAAUUCCAUUCCUCGAUUUUUCGUUCUAAAAGUUAGGUCGCCCGUCGAUCAUCUCGGUCUUUUUAUCGAAUGUCCUGAUCACUGGACGUUUUAAGCAACGUCUGUACUUUUUUCCUCUUCGUUUAUACUUUUUAUAGAUCGCCCAGCGACGACGUUUAUUUCGCGGGAUUUAAUUUAAGUUAACAUUUAAGUCGAGGACUGUCCCGUUGUUCCUAUUCCGUAUCCAUUUCUUUUUUUUAACGCAAUUUUUCGUACUGUUAGUCAUAGACGUAACUUACCUAAGAUUUCGCAAGUACGCUUUAAGUUUAAUUAGGAUAACCGAUGCUCGACGAGACAGCCUCCUCCGGUUUACCUUCAUUGAUCACGUAUUAAUUGAUUUUUCUUUCUUCCUCUCUUUCUUUCUUUCUUUUACUACCUUCCGGUGUUCAUACGCCUGCCCUAAGAAAAAAAGUUAAACAAAAAUUCUUCGCACGACUGCUCAAUAUUAGAUUGCUCAAGCUCCACAGGGAAACAAUUGUCACAAGCUCUCGAAACAAAACGAAAAAAAAUUUGACGAGCGUUUUUCCUCCCCAAACACGCGACACUCGAUCAUUUUCCUUUACGUUUCACCCUACGCUCAUCUUUCAGUAAUCAUCCCGUCCUCCGUUGCGUAACCACCCCUCCUCUCAAUCUUUGAUCCAGUCGCUCUUAGUACAGAUGAAACGAGGAAAGAAAGAAACCGACUUCCUGAAGAAUCAACCGUAUUCUACUAAUUUUUACCUAGGAUUUAGUAGCGAAUGUUUUUCUACGCUGAACGUAUUUUGCAUAAGUCGAGAGAUAUUUUGGAAGCAAGUAUCGCGUGUAUUGUUAAUCCGACUGUUAGAAUUACCGUACUACGUAGUAUUGUAACGUUAAGCCCGACAGAGAAGGAGAAAAAUUAAUAUUGGACGCGAGCCCAGUUUCGUUUUUAAAUCCACGGCGUUCGUCCAAAAUUAUUGGCACGAUCCUCGUUCUCGAUUCAGAUCGGAUAUUAAUCGUGCGAAAUCGAUUGCUCGUUCGCUCAAUUUUGUUCGUAGAACGCGGGUGAACAUUUCUUUUUUCCUAUUAUUUAUUUUUUUUGUACAUAUACAUUAUUGUCGUAUUUAUUUGUCAAUAAAGAGCUUGCGAUACGCGGACACGGAUA